GGCAAGACGAAGGUAUUACAUGAUAAGGUUCAACAAACACCGUUAGACAACUUCCGAAAUGGAGUUGAAUUAAGUGCUAGGUAAAAUGUCCCAUAUUUAAUAAUAUGAUUGGUUUCCUCAUUAAAUAAAUAAUGGACAACAUAGAAAAUAAGCUGAACAAUUUAAUUAACGGGACUUACAUCGAUGACAACGAUGAACUCUGCGACUUCACUUUACAAGAGCAAAACGAAGCAGCGGCUGCCAAAGGAGUUGCACCACUUGCACCAUCCAAAUUCGUACCUGUCAUCAAAGAAAACGUAACUUAUAUCGUGAUGGGAGUUUUAUUUAAUAGUGAGGGCGAUGUAUUGUUAAUGCAAGAAGCUAAGAGAUCUUGUGCUGGCCAGUGGUAUUUACCUGCUGGAAGGAUGGAACGUGACGAAACUAUAGAAGAAGCCUUAAAACGAGAAGUGUUGGAGGAAACUGGUCUUGUUAUGAGGCCGACUUCUUUAAUAAUGAUCGAGUGUGCGAGCAAAGCAUGGUUCAGAUUUGUUUUGACCGGAACAGUGGUCAGCGGCACUUUAAAAACACCAGCACAAGCAGAUGCUGAGUCCCUUCAGGCGAAGUGGGUUAAAGACAUCAGCGAAAUGAGUCUAAGGGCUAAUGAUAUCCUCCCUAUAAUUGAAAGGGGCAGGUCUUUUCUCAAAAAACAAGAACCGCAACACUCAGAAAUCCUUCCGUCGUUGAAAACACAUUCGAAACUUCUUCUGAGAUUAAUUGUUUGCAUCAAGAAAAAGAGCAGCAACCGAGUGCUUAUACUCCUCUCUGAAAAGACAGAAGCUCAUUUUCCUAUGUGUGAAAUAAACCAUCUUCAGAGCCUUCAUUCAACGCUUCGCAAAUUCAUGGUGGACAUUUUUGGAGCUGACGUACCCCCCCAUAAACCACACGGGAUCAUCUGUGUCGAGCACCAGCCUAAAACAACAGAAUCGGUCAAGGACGGUCUCUGUCUUACUUUGUUGGUCUCGUUCCGUGUUCCACUAGAAGAAGUGUUCCCUAUUGAUAAGUAUACUUGGUUUAGGGUCAGUAAAGAACUCGGAGAUGCUUUACUCUCACUAAUGCCCCGGAACAUGACCAUUCCCUUGAAUGUUAUUCGAUAAAACAAAUAAACUCAUACUGAACCAAUAUUCGGUUGUUUCUCUAAAGCAGUUGUUUUUAAUUUUGCUUAAACAGUUUAACUGUGAUUAUAAAGUUUUGUAUUGAAUGGUAAACAAAAAUUUAAUUUUUAAUUACCUUCUAGAUCAAUAGAUGAUCAUGUCAAUUAAGGCCCUUUAAAGAUUUUCUGACUGAUUAAUACAUUAAUCAGCAGUUUAUUUCUCUUGAUCAUUGCGGUCUUUAAUUUCUGCAAUUAACGAAUUUCCAUUCUGGGAAGAUCAAACUGUCAAGACUGUCAAUCAAUCAAGAUGCACUAAGAAAAAUGCAAAAUGUAACUUUGUUAGAGCUUCUUUUUAUUUUUAUUAUGAUUCUUAUUUAUUCUGGUAUAGUUGUUUAUACUGUUUGUAUUAUAUUAUUUUUCUCGGGCCAUUUUAGAAGGUAGGCAGUUUGUUUAAAAUUAAACUAUCCACCUUCUAAAAACGGUCUGAAAAAUGAUAUAAUACAAAUUAUCUAGUUAGUAUUUUUUAAUAUAAAUCUAUAAUGUAUUUAUAAAUAAAUUUACCUUUCUAACCAAUCAAAAUAAAAAAAUAACAUUUU